GUGACCGUUUCAUGCAAAAGGCCUAUUAUCUGAGUCAUAGGCAAGCGACUUCAACUAAGGAAUGAUUUGAUAUACAAAAUGUUGUUGUUUGUUCAUGUUUAUUGGUGUGUUGUUACAGGAAAUUGGUGCUGAUGACGUGCGCUGUUUUAUCAAGUCACCCACACUGCAAAUGUUUAAAUGUUUUCCUGUCAAGAAAAGAAAACAAAUGAUUAAAGAUGCUGUAAAGGAUGAUCUUUCUGAGCCGGAUAAAAUUGCAAGUCACUUCGUCAAGGUUUGUUCAGGGGUCAGCAAUGAUAAAGAAGCAAUCAGUACAUGUGCAGAUGCCAUCUUAGGAUCAGCUUUAAAAGCAAACAUUCAAGAAUCAGUACUUGCUAACUCUAUCCUGGUUUAUUUGGGCUUCUUGAAGAGUGAAGAUAAAGUACAGCCUAUUAAAGACCUGAGUGGUCCUCUGGCUGCUUUAUGUCAUGCAGCACAGCAAGAAUACUUUACCAAAACAUUWGCUUCCUACUUUAUUGCAUUCAUGUCAAGACCAAGUAAAAUACUCGAGCAAUACUCCAUCCAACGGCACUGCCUGUUGCAGUUAUUGUAUCAACUAUAAUAUCGACUGGCGACAUAUGCUCUAGAYUUGUAACACCUGUAUGCACCUCUCUCAGUGCGUGACGUAAUAUGAUAAACCCUUUGAAAAAGAAAAGAUCUUGGAACUUUURAAGUGUCGACUACAUUCUGUUAUUUUAAUGCUGUUCCCAGCGCCAUCUUGAAAGAUAUCCGGGCUUUGCAUGAAAUUAAAUUGGGGCAUCGGUUGAGCUUACGAGAUCUACAAAAAGGUAUCGAUCACUGCAAGCUAAACCUGCCCGAAGUCUCUCGCUUUUUUCGAAGAGUUGACGAAUAAGGCGUUUAGACAGGCGAGAGAGAAGAGUUUCUUUGAAAUAACGUUCAAAUUGACAUCUCAGUUUUAAUGCAAAUGCUCGUCUACUUUUAAUUCUACUGUGAAGAUGGACCCUCGGGAAGAAGCUGGACCAAGGAAGACUUAUUGCACUAUUCUUUAUUCCUCCCAACACUGAACUUUACCAUGCAAAAAAAAA